GUUCCCCUAUAGUAUCAGAAUCUCCAAUUCCACUCAAUUUUCAAAAACCCUUCUCUCUCUCUCUCUCUUCAGUCACUAUGAAACAGCACGCAACAGUUGCUUCCACAGCUGACACGUGUAAAACCAUCGAAAUCGCCGUCGUCGAGCGGCAGCAUCACCGUUCUCAGCCGCUACUUCCGCCGCAAGCUAUUAAGCUUUCACCGGUACCAACCGCCGACGAUAAUCCCUAUGAUUUUGAAGUUAAUUACAGUUGCGCCGAUGACAACGAGGAAGACUUUUUCAUUCCUCCUCUUAACUUCGCUAUGGUUGAUAAUGGCAUUUUCCGGUCUGGUUUCCCUGAUGUAGAUAACUUCUCGUUUCUUCAAACGCUUGGACUUCGUUCUAUUAUAUACCUGUGUCCAGAGCCAUAUCCAGAAGCAAACAUGGAGUUUCUCAAGGAAAAUGAUAUUCGCUUGUUUCAGUUUGGAAUUAAAAAUAGCAAAGAACCUUUUGUAAAUAUUCCAGAAGAGAAAAUUCGUGAAGCAUUGGGGGUUCUAAUUGAUGUUAGAAAUCACCCGGUGUUGAUCCACUGCAAACGUGGGAAGCACCGAACUGGUUGCCUUGUUGGAUGCUUGAGAAAAUUGCAGAAGUGGUGCCUAACUUCUGUGUUUGACGAGUACCAGCGUUUUGCUGCUGCCAAAGCAAGAGUAUCAGAUCAGAGGUUUAUGGAGCUUUUUGAUGCAUCCAGCUUCAAACAACAGUCACUGCCAUUUUCGUGUUCAAAGAGGAGUAGAACUGGUUCUCUCCAUCUGGGUUCGUCCUGCCAACUAUGAUUAAACCAAGGCAGCUACUAGAAAGCAAGUUGUACCGGUGAUGCGACCUGGUGUCUGGUUCUCUGAUAAAUAUCUUUGUGUAACUUAUUAGUAUGUUGUAGCCUAUCAUCUGUACUAGAAGCUUUAAUUAUAGUUGUAACUAGGAAGGUCUAGCAAGCCAACAAGUGCUCAAUGAUUCUGUUGGGUUAGAAGAAACGAGUCUCUUGUAGUUUUUGCAUAUUUCAACACAAUGACUUAAAUCCCA